AUGAUCCUCUCCCUAGCUGCAGCUAUGAGCAGCGGCGGCAUCCCCCAGAACACUACUUCCUCCUCGACCUUUGACCCCUCGUCCCUGGACCCCUGGCUUGACCCCUACCCUGACCCCUACCCUGACCUCCCCGGGGUUAACGCCUCCUCCUCCGCCGUCCCCGGCCGCACCUAUAACUCCGACCUUGACUUACGACCUCUGACCUCACAACAGGAUGUCAGCCCAUGGGAUGUGGCGUUAUGUGUCACGGGUACCCUCAUCGCCUGCGAGAACACUCUGGUCAUCGCCGUCCUCUUCUACACACCGACCCUCCGAGCCCCGAUGUUCAUCCUGAUUGGCUCGCUGGCAUUCGCCGACCUCCUGGCGGGUCUCGGUCUCAUCCUGAACUUUGUGUUCACCUAUCUUGUCGAGGGAGAGGUCGUGACCUUGGUUGCCACAGGGAUACUCAUCGCGGCGUUCUCGGCGUCCAUCUUGAACAUCCUGGCGAUCACCGUGGACAGGUACCUGUCGCUGUACAACGCGUUGACCUACCACACGGAGCGGACUGUCCUCUUCACAUACCUGGUGGUAGGGGUCAUCUGGUUGGUGUGUCUGGUCCUCGGCGUCCUCCCUGCGCUCGGGUGGAACUGCCUAGAUGACCAAUCAACGUGCUCAGUCUGUCGACCAGUCACCAAAUCCAACGCAGUCGCCCUCGCCGUCUUCUUCCUACUGGUUUUCGCGUUGAUGAUGCAACUCUACCUACAGAUCUGUCGGAUCGCGUUCCGUCACGCUCAGCAAAUCGCAGUCCAGCAUCAGUUCCUCGCUAUUUCCACGACCAAAGGAGUCCAGACGCUCUCCGUGAUUCUCUGUGCCUUCGCCAUGUGUUGGCUACCAUUUGCUAUGUAUUGUAUCGUGGCGGAUUCGAGCUAUCCUAUCAUAUAUACAUACACUACGGUGCUGCUGGCGGCGUGUAAUUCAGUCAUAAAUCCUAUUAUAUAUGCGUUCAGGAACCCGGAUAUACAGAAGGGGCUGUGGUUGGCGUGUUGUGGAUGUGUCCCGUCAAAUCUGAGUCUGAGACCUCGAGCCAGAACCUCCAGUAAUGUAUAGGGAACCUGGACAUACAGAAUUGUUUAUGGCUACGACCCCUCCAACCUCUCCCUCCGGCCCUGGACCUCCAGCAACGUAUAGGGAGGGGGUGUAGCGGCGUAUAGAAGGGGUGCAGGGUGAAUGACGGUAUUGGAGAAGGUGUGGGUGUACGCCCCUAGCUCUGUGACCCAGGGCCUCCAGCAAACCUGGACAUCCAGAAGAGACUGUGGUGGUGACAUCACGGGGCAAGGUGAUGACCCCCCUCCUAGGACCUCCGGUGAGGGGGUAAGCUUUAGGGAGAGGAUUCAGUGAGGUCAAAGGUGACCCCCAAGGCAAGAGGGAGGGUGUGUGGUGUGGUGACGUGGCAAAGUCACCCCCUUCCCACCAUUUCAACAGAGUCUAGAGCAGUGUUGCAGGGGCAGAUGUGGCUCUCCAAGGAUGACUGGACUGAGAAAGUCUGGGAUGGUUUGCCCUGGGCCUGGGCUAUACUGUAACCCACUGGAUAGAAGUGGUGGUUCAGAUCUGUGACUGUGUGGGGCUGAGGUUAAACGCUUUACAAUGCUGCUUCAGUGGGGGAUCAUAGGCCUCUAAAAGGCUACUCGUUCAGAGGGUGAGCACGAGUAGUACAGCCUAAGGAGAGGCCUCAAUGAUAGAUGAGCUAACUUACAAUGAGCUAACUUACUUAUGAUGAGCUAACUUACUUAUGAUGAGCUAACUUACUUAUGAUGAGCUAACUUACAAUGAGCUAACUUACUUAUGAUGAGCUAACUUAUUUAUGAUGAGCUAACUUACUUAUAAUGAGCUAACUUACUUAUGAUGAGCUAACUUACUUAUGAUGAGCUAACUUACAAUGAGCUAACUUACUUAUGAUGAGCUAACUUACAAUGAGCUAACUUACUUAUGAUGAGCUAACUUACAAUGAGCUAACUUACUUAUGAUGAGCUAACUUACAAUGAGCUAACUAGCCAACAAUGGUAAUGUGUGUUAGGUGAGAAUACUACGACCUUGAGGUUUUCACUGAAGUCUUUGAGACAUCAUUCAAAACCUUAUAAACUAUCAUGCCACAAUGAUCUUGUUGCUGAUGGCUAAAGCCCUUGGUAGAACACGCAUAACAGACAGACAGACAGACAAACACACAAAGCCAAUAUAAAGUCUAAUUCAUGGUUACCCUUGGAGGAAAAAAAAACAUAAUUUUUUUUAGAAAAGCCCACAAGCCCCUAAAAGUUUCCCUGUUAUUACCAAUGCCUCUGAUAUGGUUCCAGGGCUUUAGGAAACUUAGACUUUAUCUUAGAGAAAUGGCUACAACUGAAUGUUAUCUAAUGGAAAUGUUAUUACCAAUGCUAUCAACAAAAAACUAACAGUUUUAGAGCUACUAAAGCAAUCUGCUGUAUGUUGCCGACCUACAGUCAUGAGGUAUAGUCCCCUGUA